CGCGACGGCAAUACCGCUAAAGAGCUCCUCACUGCCGCUGUCCUUAGAAGCCGUGCUGGCUACAGCUUGAAUUGGCUCCCAAUAUCAUCUAGAGACAGUCGUUGCGCAAGACUGCUCGUGUGGACGUAAGGCCCGCUAGCGAUGGCCGACUACGAACGCCGGCCUCAUGGCCCCAGGGGUGGUGGGCGCAAGAGGCGCUACAGAGAAGAUGAUGACUAUGACCGCCGCCAGAGGCGUCGUUAUGAGGAGCCGCUUGUUGUCAAGGUCCGGAGGCAACUGCUUACGAUCGCUGAAUCUGCUGCCAGACGAGCAGAAGACGACGCUGUAAGCAUCGCAAGAAGUGUAACAGACAACUACGAAGAUCAGGAGUUCAGGAACUCGUUUGUCGAUAUUGCGCUUGACCUUGUUUUGGAGCAGCCGCUAAAGAUCCCUUUUAUCGCCGCGACCGUCCUCAUUGCAAACUUCCAGAAAUCCGAGCUCGUGUCCGACGUUCUCAACAAGUCAGGCGUGUGCUUGCAGAAGUACAUUGACGCUGGCGCGUGGCGCGAGGUCAAGCUUCUUCUGCGGUUCCUGGGUUGUCUCCAAUGUGUCUUCGAAGGGGAUGGCAUCUUCCCGAUACUGGAGGAGCUCUUUGCGCGUGCUGUCGACCUUCAAACAGCAUCCUCGGAAGAUUUGAUCGGUCUGGAGCUGGUGAAAAUUAUUCUCUUCACCAUUCCGUACGUUAUGGCCUCUCCAGCAGCCGGUUUCGAGUCCCAAGCCACCGCACUUCUGGAGAAGACAGACAUCAUCGCUUCCACCCCACAUACUCUUGUGGACCUGGUUAAUCCAUUCGGCCUGGAGAAUGGGAAGUCAAUUGCCACGCCAAGUGUCAUUAGCCUACUCCAGAAUCAGUUACAAAAAGAGUCCGGCCGGGGUUGGGAGCUCGCGUGUCUUCCUAGGCCAUGGAGAGGAGCAUUAGAGGCACUAAAUGCACAAGAGCCCGAGGAAGCACAAGAGGGGCAAGAGACACAGGACAAUGGCGCAGAGCCGAAGGCUUAUGAAAACGGCCCAAAGCAUGCAUUCCCCCAGAUCACUGUUCCGAGUCCGGUGAAGAAUGGAACAAGAGCAAUCUUUCCGGAGGUGUACCUUUCCGUGUACGCAAAUCAAGACAUGGAAACAGUCCCUCCUACUUCAGAUAUCGCAUCUUCCUUGCUGCGUGAUGCCCUCGUCGAUACCAUCAACAUUCUUGAUUUCAACCGCAUUGCGACGGCGAAGUUUUUGAUUGAUGUCGACUGCUAUUUCACGCCACACACCUUCGUGAAGCGAGCGACUCCUUUCGAUAGGCUGCGUGAUUUACCAGGAGACAUCAAUCUCUGGAAACCAGAGGAUGUUGCUGUGGACGCCGUGUUCUCCCAACUGUUCCAGCUGCCGUCUCCCGAGCACAAACUGGUCUACUACCACUCAGUUCUCACGGAGUGCUGUAAGAUCGCCCCGGCCGCGAUCGCACCCAGUUUAGGACGUGCCAUUCGCUUCUUGUAUCGCAGCCUGGAGACAAUAGAUUUGGACCUAAGCCAUCGUUUCUUGGAUUGGUUCUCUCAUCACUUGAGCAACUUUGGGUUCACUUGGAAAUGGAGUGAAUGGAUUGAUGACUUGGAGCUGCCUCUGGUUCACCCUAGGAUGGCUUUUAUCAAUGGUGCCCUCGACAAGGAGAUCCGGCUGAGCUUUGCACAGCGUAUUAGGGGCACUCUCCCUGACCCAUACCAAGACUUGAUUACGGAAGGGAAAGAGAAAGACACACCUGAUUUCAAGUACUCGUCUGAUACUACUCCGUAUGCCAACGAAGGCAGAGAAAUUAUGCAGCUGGUCCGCAAGAAGGCUAGCGAUGAGGAGAUCCAGCCACUUAUAAACGCAAUUGAAGAGCAAGCCAGAUCUCUCGGUGUCGAAGACCCGCUGCUGCCUUCAACGGACGCCUUUGUUACGGCUAUCUGCUUUGUUGGCUCCAAGUCUCUGUCUCAUGUACUGUCCUGCAUUGAGCGGAACAAGGAACGACUCCUGGCCAUCGGGCCCCAAUCUGCACAGGCGAGGCGUCAGAUCAUAACCUCCGUCAUGGAGUAUUGGGUUGAUCAGCCUGGCGUCGGAAUCAACAUCAUUGACAAGCUUCUCAACUACACCAUUCUGACCCCGCUGUCAGUCAUUGAAUGGGCACUGGUAGACAAGCUAGAGGCAGGAACCGUCCUUGCCAAAUCUCACGUUUUCGAGAUGAUCUCCGCCACAGUCGGAAAGGUCACCAACCGCCUGCGCCAGAUUGUUGCCGCACGUACUCAGCCAGGUCUCUACGAGCCGCAGCUCAGCGUCCUCGAUGAGACGCUCAGUCGUGAGAGGGUUGAUAUGCAAUCUCUUUUCAGGGUCAUCGAAGACUCCAUCGUCUCAGUGGCCGGCGGAAGCAACGACGAGCAGAUGGAAAGAGGAGAUGGAAGUGGAAACUUGCCAGAGGAUGAAAUCAUCCGGCAAUGGGGCCAGCGCUGGCUCAGAGUGUUCCGCAGGAAAGCCGGCGUCGAGGAAUCGUUCAUUGCGGAUGCCAUGGCCACAGCUACUCCUGUCGGCACAGUCGCUCCGCCUCCGGCUCCGGAAGAGACCGCCGCUUCUGAAAGUAUCCCGGCAGAUGGGGAAAUGGAUAUUGCUGAAGCCGAUGCGAGCGUGGACAUCGAAUGAGCGGGGGAGGAAUUUGAUUGGCUUUAAUCGGCUCAGAUGUGCUAGGGACGGGAGAUGUUCAAUUUUCAGUUCCAGGAUUUCUAAUAUUUAUUCUCUUCCCCCUUCUGUAUACAUACAUAAGUUAGGUUGUGGCACUUGUUUUUAUCUCGACCAAUUUCAGCGGGUGAGGGCGUUCAAACUAAAAAGCAAAAAGACUCUGAUAAAACCACUAAAGAGAAGAAGAGAAAAGAAAAGAAAGGAACUGUUU